UAGGUUUCAGUAGAUAUCGUUGGGAGGCCAUUAUUCUGAUCAUAGGUAGGCUCAAUAAAGCCUUUGGGGGGGGGAGGUGGCAUUACUGGUGGAAUCUACGGAGGCUAGACCAGCCACUGCAGGCAAUAUCCUGGGCAUUCAAGACCUCCUGAAUCCAAAUCACACCUUUGUCAGUGGGCUCCUUUUAGUGAUUGCUGGAUAGGGCAAAACAGAGGACAGGGAUGAGAUGGGACCAGGGGCAAGGCACUGUUCCUAUAGUCUAAAACCUGGGAGUCAGAUACAGCUCAGCCAUGUGAUUGUGGAAAAGUACUCUCUUCAUGGAAUAAAUGGGGCUGAUAGUCUCUUCCUGGUUUGCCUUACAGGACGGCCACAGUGGCUGUGAAGGUGCCUGGCCAGUUGUCACAUGCACAUAGAGGUGCUGCUUGCUGCUGUCAUUGUUGUUGGCCUUACUGAUGAGAGUGAUGGGAGGGGCUGGUGCUUUCAGAGGUCAGUCAGGAUGACCUGGAAAGAUUCCCAGAGUAAAAGGUCAGGAGACCAGAGGCCCUGAGAGGGAAGGGAACAAGUGUUCUGGGUGGAAGGAGCCUUGUAAAGGUGACCUGGGCCAGGCUGGAGCCUGCUGACCCUGACCUCUGGCUUUGAUCAAAGCAAUUAUCAAACUUGGUUGUUUGUUAAAGCAGGGACUUUGAGAAACCAGGUCAGGAUCAACGUCAGUAAUGCUGGACCAGAAGAGCCGGUGUUUAAUUAGUGACAGGUUCUGAUUAAUAAUCCCUAAUCAGGCCCAAGUGCAGAAGUGCACUCCCUCCUCCCAACCCCAGUAGCUCAUGGACUCCCAACAUUAGCCAUGUGCUGGGAGCAUCCUUACUGCUACCCAGGAAAAGGAGGUGCUCAGAGACAGGAGACCCCAGAUGCAUAAGAGGGGAAUGAAGGACCAGGAAGGGAAAGCACAGGUCAAAGUUCCUGAGGCCAGUCAGGAGCCCAGCCCUAAAUAAAGCUGCCCAUGCUGAGCUCCUAGAUGGGGUUAGGGUAUGUGUGUGAUUUUCCCCAAUAUUUGGCAGAUGCCAUUUAAUAGGAGCCCAAGGGUGGUGCAGAGUCUCAAUGAAUAGGAAGACGCUGGGGUUUCCCUGGGUGACAUUCUACCUCAGAGGCAUUGUGAGGUCCCAGGGUCAUGGAUACUAGAAGGGUCACCUGAGGAGCUGAGUCAACAUUUCUUUCAGAAUUCUACCUGAGGGAAAAAAAUUACAAAACUUCUACCAGGAAGGAUUGGGGAAAAUUUUGCAAUAUAUAGCUCCGGAACUGAGCGUGUCCUCCCAGCAUGGCCCCCACUGCCUCCCCUCUGCCGCCGACCACUGAGGUCGCCAGUUCUGAGAACAGCAGCUCCUUCUACGACUAUGAGUAUUACCUGGACCAGGUAGCCUUCAUGCUCUGCAGGAAGGACGAAGUGCUGGCCUUUGGCAGGAUCUUCCUGCCAAUCUUCUACAGCCUGAUCUUUGUGCUGGGUUUGGGCGGGAACCUCCUUCUUCUAGUGGUCUUGCUUCGGUAUAUACCUCGCAGGCGGAUGACUGAAGUCUAUCUGCUGAACCUGGCCAUCUCCAACCUCCUGUUUGUGGUGACACUGCCUUUCUGGGGCAUCUCCAUGGCCUGGCAUUGGGUCUUUGGGAAUUUUUUGUGCAAGAUGGUGAGCACCCUCUAUACCAUCAACUUCUACAGUGGCAUCUUCUUCAUUAGCUGCAUGAGCCUGGACAAAUACCUGGAGAUCGUCCAUGCUCAGCCUCACCACAGGCUGAGAACCCGGGCCAAAAGCCUGCUCCUGGCUGCCAUGGUAUGGGCUAUGGCCCUGGUUGUCUCCAUCCCCGACAUGGUUUUUGUGCGGACACAUGAAAACCCCAUGGGUGUGUGGAACUGCUAUGCAGAUUUUGGGGGUCAUGCGACCAUCUGGAAGCUCUUCCUCCGUUUCCAGCAGAACUUCCUGGGGUUUCUCCUUCCACUCCUUGUCAUGAUCUUCUUCUACUCCCGCAUUGGCUCUGUGCUGGUCAGGCUGAGGCCCCCAGGUCAGGGCCGGGCUCUAAGGAUAGUCGUAGCCCUCGUGGUGGCGUUCUUUGUGCUGUGGUUCCCAUACAACCUCACCUUGUUUCUGCACUCACUGCUGGACCUCCAAGUCUUUGGGGAAUGCAAGGUUGCCCGACACCUGGACUAUGCAAUGCAGGUGACAGAGAGCAUUGCCUUCCUUCACUGCUGCUUCACCCCCAUUCUUUAUGCUUUCUCCAGCCGCCACUUCCGCCAGUACCUGAAGGCUUUCCUCGUCACUGUGCUCAGGCGGCACCAGACACCUUGCCCUGCACAGGCCCCGCUGUCCAGCUGUUCUGAGAGUACCAGUCUUACUGCUCAAGAAGAAAUGACCAACAUGAAUAACCUUGGGGAGAGGCAGGCUGAACACUCCCCCAACAAGAAUGAUAUGGGAAAAAAUUAAGCCUGAGUGUCCAUACCAUGGUCUGGUGAGAAUGGCUGGGACCUAGUUCACUCAGUUGGGCAUCCACCCAAAGUCCUCUCUCCAAAGGCCUCAGAGACCAUGUUGCCACACCCCAUGGUCAGCUCUCAGUUCUCCACCAUAAGCGACAUUUGCUUACUCCUGCCUCCUUCUUCCUCUUUCUUUAUUGCCUUCUAGGAAACCAUACUCUCUUGAGUGAAUUGCUAGAGUAGUUUCCCAACUGACCUCUACGCUUGCUGUCAUGCACUCCUGUCAUCUAAUCUACAUCCACCAGCCAGAAUGAUCACAUCCCCCUCAGCUGUCACUUCCAUCAUCCUCAGAGUAGCCCAAGGCUUGCCACCCACCAGUCUUCUCCCUUCCCUGGAGCUCAGCUGGGGAAAUAUUGUUGCAAUAUUGUUUAAUGUCACAGCAUUGAUGGUGGCUCCAAGGAUCUGGCCAGUGGGAGGGGCUGGAAGUGCCCCACAUGGGGAACUUUCCAGGAGCAUGAGAGAUAGCAGGUGGGAGGCAGAGUGAACACAUGUUCCUAGCAGUUCGAGAGGAUCAUCUUCUCUCUGCUUCCCAUGCUCUCUCUGGAGCCUUCAGGGGUCCCUGGGGUCUAUGCAAAGCCCAAGGUCUUUGUCCAGACUCCAAGGUCUUUCACAAGUACCAUACACCAGCUUACUCUUAUACUCCUUCAUUACUUUUCAUUUCCUGGACACCAGGAACCCCUUGUUUCUUGCACCUUCCCACCUUUAUGUUUUGCACUUGCCACUCUCUUGUGUAACAGGGAUCAUUUUUCAGCCAGCUGUCCCUUCAUCCUUUUUUUUUAUAACAAAAUUCUACUUGCUCUGGGAAGCCACUCCUUGGUCACUCUGCCCUCUGCAUUGGAUAGAAGUUGAGUAGAGCACAGGACUUGAGCCAAUUACAGCCUUACCUUUCCCUGGCAGUGAUUCAUUUAGGAUGGGCACAGGACCCAGGAAGAGCUUGUGAAAUGUGGCAAUUAAAACAUGCUAGAGCAGAGGCAUGAGACUAAAGCCAAGAAGAUGUGUGGUCUGGGGUCCUCCUUCAUCAACUUGAACUUCAGAGGGUGAGGUAAUAGCACAGUAAGUGAGCAGACCCUGAGGGUCUGUUCAAGCCCCAGAAUCUAGGCAUGGCUGAAGAUCAUCCCAGUCCUGGACUUGACGGUUACAUGAACCAAUAUAUUCCUUUAAAGUUUAGGUGGUAAUGCUUUGUAACUUGUAAUCUAAGGAUUCCUGGCUGAUAUGCCCUGCCUGGGUGCUUUCCUCUUCAUGUCCCCUGUGGUUAACAUCUGCCCUGCCCACUGAAGGUGGUGAUUUGUUUGAGGAUGUGGUGGAUAGGGUUCUAUUUUAGGGCUUCUGAAAUCUGCCUCAUAAGGGACUUAAGUUCUGCCCAUAGAGCAGCCCGACUGAACCAACAGGGUCUUAGGUACCCAGGGUCUCUGACUUUGUAUCCAUGAUGCACAGAUGGAAUGGCAUGAGGUAUGCCAGCCAAGGGACACACCUGGUAAGGCUCGUCCCCAGCACUGGUGCGUGUGUGUGUGUGUAGUCUGUGUACAUGUGUCUGUUUUGCUCUGUGGGCUGUGCAUAGGACAUAUGGUUAUGUAUGUAGGUCUGACAUGAACAUGUCACUGUGUCCACAUGGGUCUUGGCAUGUGCCCAUGGGUUUUCUGUGUGUUCCUAUGUGUCUUUCUGUAGCUGUGUAAGUGUGGGAAUGUGCUGUCUGCAAACAGCAGGUAUAUAAGAAGGGCCCCAAAGCAUAUGCCCAAGGGAGAGGAGAAGGGCUGCCACAGGUCACCCAUUGAUCCCUCUCACUGUCCUAGUUGCCGUUUACUGCAGAUGCCAUAUUGAGGGCUCUCACUUCUAUCACAGAAGGGACUGAUCAGGAAGUGAAUUCGGAGGUGGGCUCUCACAGCCCAGGCCAGGCCAGGGCUGCCUUCAUCCUGACCUUACUUCCCAAGCCUGGACGUUGGUUUCUCCUGCUGCUCUCCAUCUGCCCAAAUGCCUGGCUCCCUGGCUGCACUGCUCAGACCUUUCCAAGAAAGCUCCCAGGAUUCUCUUGUUCCUCAUAUCCUGAGGCAAGAUGGACUUUUCUCCUGGCUGACCCCGGGAGAAGGACAGGCAUGGCUCUGCCUGGGAGCAGGGCUGCCCGCUCUCUACCCUGUGAAGUAUGGUUUGAGGGUUUACAGCUGUUACUACCUAUGAAAAAAGAAAAGCCAAACCAAACCAAAACAAAAACCUCUUUUCUUUCCCAGGUGCCUGCAAUUACACCAUUGGCAUGUCAUCCCUGAUCUUGCUUUGUUAUUAGCUAUCCUCAGAGAAUACACAUAGUGGGCUUUUCUUUGAGAGAGAAAAAAAUUGGUACAGAAAUGAGGAUUUGGGGAUCAGAACUGCUGUGUCAGAACAUGUAGUGACUAGUUGUAUCCUUGGGGGUUUCAGAUUUCCUACUGCCUCAAGGCCCCUGGAAGGUAAGAAAGGUUGGCUCUUGUAGAGAGUGUGUCCUGUCCCCAUGCAGAGGGCAUAGGACUACAGGUGACAUGGGCCCCACCCUUGCCCACAGGUGGGCAUUGGCUUCUGUGUGCACACUCUAACCCUGAGUGGUCAUGUCUUCCUGGGAGGCCCGUUGUUAUGGUGGAUAUCCAUGACUGUGGGAUGGUAUACUUGUAUUCACCUCAACCGGACCCACUGAAGGUUCCCUUGGUCCCGGGCAUACCCUCAAACAUGAGGUUCUUGGGAGAUCUACAUGAAGUCACUCUCAGUUGAGACUCCUUGGUCUUGACUCAAUGGAUUUGGGCCCUCAGGUUAGGCCCCUGGCCCAGAUUUCUUUGACCAUGGGGAAAAUGAGAGGAUGCAGCACCUAGGUCUGCGCAGGGCCCAGGAGUAUGUCAAGGCCCUGUAUCUUUGCCCUGAACCCAAUACCUGCUCUGGCACAGGGCCUGGCUAUGUGGAGAGGUCAUUGGUAAGCUCCCCAUGGUGGCUCCUAGCCUCUCAGUCCCCUUCUUCCUCUUCUGUACUCCCCAUGUGAGUUUUCUUUUGCUCCUGGCCCCUUGUAGAAUAUGGUGGGAUAUCCUGGCUCCAGCAUCAUUUUGGAGUAAAUAGAUUCACAGAAGGCAGGCUCUGGCCCAGAGUCACAUAGCAAGUGGAGACAGACACCUAUCUCUAGUCCCGUGUUUGAGCUGCUCUAACAACCUGUUAUCCUGGAAAAACUCUGAGCAGAACAACCAGCCUCAAAAUAAUAGAAGAGGAUAGUAAUAGGUGAGGGAUAGGUGAGUAAGAGAGAAGCCCCACUGGGCAUCCUCACAGGGGUUCUAUGCUGCUUGGCCUCCCUAUGCCCACUCCCACAGCCAUUGCCCCUCCUGUCUGGGCCAUGCCAUCAGCCAACUGGGCUCUGGCAACAACACCCUCUCACUCACCCCCAGCCCUGGAAAGUAUGCCUGGCAAUGAGAUUGUCUCCAUUUCAUAUGCCAGAAAGCUGAGUGAGGCCAGGGAGGGGAAGGAAAUGAUUUGAGGACAAGAAGUAAAGUGGCCGAGACGGAGUCAAUUUUCUGUCAUUUAAUCUCUGUUUGGGGAAUUGGGGGUCAGAGAUGAAGUAAUAAGAUACCAAGUCCUAUGAGCUCCAGUCUGGGGGAGGGGGAAAGAUAAAGAGAGCAGGACAUAGAAAGCAAUGACACAUAACAGAUGUGCUAUGACACAAACUAUGCUAGGGUAGCCUCAGGGGAUGGAGUCCAUUUCUGGCCAGAGGAUGGAAGGGGUGAGAUCCAGGAAAACUUCCAGGAGAAGCCAGCCCCGGGGUUGGCUGUAGAAGCAAGCAACUGCACUUUAUAGAUCAUAAAUUGCACUGGAUUGAGAAUUUAGGGACCGAUGGUGGCAAAAUUUGAAUGUUAGGUGUGGAAGGAUGGGGGGCCCGAAAAGUGAAAGAGUGACAAUCAGAGUUGAAAGGUUUGGAGAAAGGUCAGGGUAAAGAGAGGACCCGGCAGGCCUGGUGUGGGGAGAUGCGGGGUGCUGAGCUUUAAGAAAGGCAGUGGGGGUGGGGAAAACGUGACAGUUUCAAAGGCACCACCAGGGCUUGAAGGAACAGACUGGGGCCUGACUACAAAUGGGUGAGAGCAGGGAAGGAAGUGAGGGUGUCUCCUCCAUAUCUGUCUUGGGGGAUAGUGCAGGUGGUGGUGUCCUGAGCAGAGACAGGCAGAGAAAUCCAGAGAAGGGGGUGGUUUAGGGCAGAGGUGAGGAACAGAUGCUGAGUUCUGCAUGAGCCAAACUGAGUCAGAGGGGCUGUGGGACCCCGGUUGGGAGGCUGAGGGUCUGCAUUGUAGGAACGGGUUCCAAGCUCAGCAGUGGUUGCAGAAACCAGAGGAGUAGUUGACGUGGGGUGGGCGCUUGGAGGGGAGACCAGGGCAUUGAGGAGGGGCCUUGGAUAACUCCUAUGUGAAAGGCAACAUGUCUCUAGACCUGCUCUAUCCAGUUCGGGAGCCACUAGCCCCAGACGGCUGUUGAGCACUUAGAAUACACCUGGUCUGAAGUGAGAAAGGCUGCUAGGGGAAAAAGUACACACCAGAAUUUGCAGGCAACACAGAAAAGAGAACUGUAAAAAUAUUUCACAACUAUUCUUAUAUUGAUGACAUACUGAAAUGCUAAUCUUUUAGAUAUAUUGGUCUAAGUUAAAUAUAUUAUAAACAUGAACUUCGCCUGUUUCCUUUUAUUUUUUAAAAAAAUGGGUCAGCUAGAAAAUUAAAAAUUACACACGUGGA